UACAGACUAGAGACAGCUUUGCCCCAUACUGGUCUUUCCAUCGUGAACUUGCUGGCUACAAAUCUAUCACACCAUAAACAAAUCACUUCCACAACUCCAGUAAUCUCAAGCCACUACUACCCUUCUGCCAAAAUGCAGCUCCUACCGCCGGCAGCCGCAGCCACGGCGUUUCUCACCCUAAUACUGCUGCUUUUGCCAUCUGCGGGGGAAGCUCACAACAUCACCACCAUCUUGGCCAAAUACAAGGAGUUCUCCACCUUCAACCACUACUUAUCACUCACUCGCCUGGCCACCGACAUCAACAACCGGGAGACUAUUACUGUCUGCGCCGUUGACGAGGAUGCCAUGGCGGAUCUUCUCGCCAAGCAGCACUCGAUCUACACUAUUAAGAAUAUCCUCUCCUCACACGUGAUCUUAGACUAUUACGGCUCGAAGAAGCUUCACCAGCUCACCAAUGGCACUGCCCUGGCCGCCACUAUGUUCCAGGCCACCGGAUCCGCUCCCGGCGCCACCGGAUUCGUCAACAUCAUGGAUCUGAAAGGUGGCAAGGUCGGAUUUGGAUCUCAGGGGAACGGGGCAGCCAUCCCCGAGGCCACUUUCGUCAAGGCCGUUGAAGAGAUUCCUUACAACAUUUCCAUCAUUCAUAUCACUAGGGUACUUCCGUCAGCGGUGGCGGAAGCACCGGCUCCCGUCCCCACCGAGACGAGCGUCACGCAGAUAAUGUCGGCUCACGAGUGCAAAUUAUUCGCCGAGAUGCUCCGUCACUCCGCAGCCGAGCAGACAUUCGAGGGCGACAUCGAGGGCGGAUUAACCAUCUUUUGCCCAGUCGAUGACGCGAUGCGGAAAUUCAUCCCGAAAUAUAAAAAUUUAACCAAAGAUCAGCAGGAAUCUCUGCUGGAGUACCAUGGCAUCCCAGUGUACCAGACGCUCCAGUCUCUGAGGUCAAACAACGGCGACCUGAACACUUUAGCCACCGACGGGCCCAAUUUCGGCAUCAACGUUCAAAAUGACGGCCAGGAUGUGACGCUCAAGACGAAGAUCAACAAGGCGAAGAUUACGGGAACUUUGUGGAAUAAACAACCACUGGUCAUUUUAACGAUCGAUGAGGUCUUAAUGCCGAAGGAGCUCUUUAAACCGGCGCCCGUCCCCACACCUGCUCCCUCGCCAUCGCGGGAGGAAGACGACGCCGAGUCUCCUAAACCUGCCGCCGGUAAGAAGCGUAAGCCAACUAAUAAAUCUCACACCGAGUCUCCGGCUGAUGCUCCGGCCGGUGAAGUCGCAGAUCAGAACGCGGAUGCUAACGGGGUAGUUGGUUUCAACGGUGGGAGAUUUGUUACCGCAGGGAUAAGUAUUUGUUGUGCAUUUUUAAUGCUGUAAUUGUGGGUCUGGAUAUUUCAAUUGAUUACUCUCUGGAUAAGACCUCCAACGUUCAAAAAAAUCAAAAAAAAAAAAAGGUGUGGCCAUUCCGGCAGUUAUGAGAUUCAAAUUCAAUAUUUUUGAAAAUCCAAAUACUAGUAUGGAGUAUGUGUUAUUCAGAUAGCUAGCUUCUUCAUGGUUGAUGUGAUUUUGUGAGGGUAAAGAGGUCCAAGUGCUCCCGUUCUUUGUGACUAAAAUGUAUUGCUAGUAGUCCGUGGUCGUUGAUUGCUUUGUGUGGUACAAAUAGACUGGUGUAGAAUUUGGCUUCUCUUUAGAUUUAUCGUUCUGAAUAGGACUAAAUUGUUG